UUAUACUGGCGGUUGUCGUUGAUCAUCAUCAUUGAUCGGUUGGCCUUUUUUUGGUUGUGAUUAUAUUUUUUUUUACACAACGAAUUCACUGUCACUUUUAAUGUUUGCCUGAUUGGAUAAACACACGCAUCGAUAUCGAAAAGUGUUUGCAAGAAUAUUUGGACAUCGUUACUACAAUUUGAAUUUCGUUGGUUUUUUUUUUGAAAUUUAUUUCCCUUGAAUAUUUUUGAUAUUUAGUGUUUGAUUUUUAUUCAACUGUCAUCAUCAUCAUAAUGGCUUAUCGUGCUGAAAAAUCCGGUAUUGCUGCUGAAACCCAUGCAAAGGUGCAAUCAAAAUAUGAUCCGGAUCUGUCGAGACAAAUAUUGGAAUGGAUUAAUGAUAUUGUCGAUGAUGUCGAUAUUAAUACCGAUGGAAGUGAAGAUAAUUUUCAUGCAGUAUUAAAAGAUGGUGUCGUACUUUGCAAAUUGGCCAAUGCAAUGAAACCAGGAGUUGUGAAAAAAUUUUCCGUUACAACAUUACCGUUUAAAUGUAUGGAUAAUAUUAAUUCAUUUCUAAAAGCAUUGGAUGAAUUUGGCGUCAAUAGAGAGGAAACAUUUCAAACUGUUGAUCUUUGGGAACGUGUUAAUCUUCAUUCAGUACAGAUUUGUUUAUCGGCAUUAGCACGUAAAGCAAGCAAAUUUGGUUUAAAAGGAUUUGGACCAAAAGAAUCGGAAGAAAAUAAACGUAAUUUCACCGAUGAACAAUUGAAACAAGGUGAAACAAUUAUCAAUCUACAAUACGGUACAAAUAAAGGUGCUAAUGCUAGUGGAAUUAAAUUUGGAACAUUUAAUCGUUUAUAAAAAAAAACAAAACAAAAUUAUUUUAAUUAUUUUAUUAAUUAUUAUAAAUAGAUUCAUAUAACAUUCCCCGGUAACAAUUUGUUU